AACUUCUAGUCUGAAAGAACAUUUCAUUACCAACGGCCGUCGCGUACGCACGUUGCACGCUCGAAUUUUCGCGCGCUAUUUAUAUCGCAUUUUUCAAGAACAAAGGGCUUUAUAAUAGUACCGGUAGUGUGCGCAGUGAAGAUGAGCGGAAAUUUUCUGACUAUCCCCGGAGAUGAGCCGAUGCAAAGGCGGUCACGGAGUUCAUCAUUAACCAACCUGAUCUCGGCGUUCGACACCAAGGCACAGUCACACACGGAGGGCCAGAAAAUAUGCGCGUUCAGUGGACAGUUCGACAAAAACAUCAAACCAACAUUCUCGAGGGAAGAAUAUGGAAAACCUAUUCCUGGAUCCAUGACAGAGCUGAGAGGCGCAGAGGCACAGGCACGAGUAUGCACAGAGAUGAAAGAGCUGUGCGAGAUCAUUAAUCAAUACGGGAAACCCCCCUGCAAAGGCCUACUGCCUCCGGAGCUACAAAAUGCCACAAAAGUAAUCUCAUUCGGGGAGUUAUUUUCGAUAUACACAAUGAUCUCUGACAAGCUCGUCGGUAUUCUUUUACGGACCCGAAAACACCACCUCACAUUCUUUGAAGGCGAAGUUUUAUUCCAGAAACAAGAUGAUGACGUCCCCGUAUUCCUCUUGAUGCCAAUGGCUGAUAUCCGCCAGUACUGCGACAAUAAGGCGCUACAAGCCAGAAGAUCAGUCUCACCCAUGCCUCAAUAAUUCAAUGUGAUAUAGUAAAUAAUACAAACAUGGGAACUCAUCAACACAGAAGCCAAACGACAGCGAAUUUAAGGAUGG